AUGAAACUUCUUGCAUUUGCAUCUUUAUUAGCUGCAACAGCCUCUGCUUUGGCAGUCCCUCAACCAAAGGACCUGUCCUCCCUGCAAUUCCCUACUCAAAAGGAUGCUCUAAACAAAAGAUACUACGAUUACGAUAACGCCCAAGAACCUAUCCGUGGUGUUAAUAUCGGUGGGUGGUUGGUUCUAGAACCUUACAUCACUCCUUCCUUAUUCGAACCAUUCCGUACAAACGAGUACAACGACGACGGCAUCCCAGUAGACGAAUACCACUAUUGGGAACAACUAGGUAAAGAAGAAGCCAUGGCCAGAUUGGUCAACCAUUGGGAUAACUUCUACACUGCUCAAGAUUUUGCCGAUAUCGCUUCUCAAGGCUUCAACAUGGUUAGAAUCCCUAUCGGUUACUGGGCUUUCGAAACAUUGGAAUACGACCCUUACGUUCCAGGAUGGCAACAACUUUACUUGGAUAAAGCUAUCAACUGGGCCCGUGACAACAACUUGAAAGUCUGGGUUGAUUUACAUGGUGCCGCAGGUUCUCAAAAUGGGUUCGAUAACUCGGGUUUAAGAGAUUCUAUUAACUUCCUGGAAGACGAAAACUUGAAUUUGACUAUGACCGUUCUAAAAAAAUUGUUAAAAAAAUAUUCAGGUGAUGAAUUCGUCGAUACUGUCAUUGGUAUCGAAUUGUUAAAUGAACCAUUAGGUCCAUCUAUCGAUUUGGAUAAAUAUAAAAACGAUUACCUGGUUCCUGCUUACGAUUAUUUAAGAAAUACUCUAGGUAAAGACCAAAACAUCAUUAUCCAUGACGCCUUUGAAGCUUUCAACUACUGGGAUGAUUUCAUGACUUUGAACGAUGGGGACCACUACGGUAUCACUCUAGAUCAUCAUCAUUACCAAGUCUUCUCCUCUGGUGAAUUACAACGUUCUUGGGAUGAACGUCUGGGCGUCACUUGCUCCUGGGGUGAAGGUACUCUUUCCGAAUCUCAUUGGACUGUCGCUGGUGAAUUCUCUGCCGCUUUGACCGAUUGUGCUAAAUGGUUGAACGGUGUCGGUAUUGGUGCCCGUUAUGACGGUUCCUUCAACAAGAAUGGUGCCUCUUCCUACUACAUUGGUUCUUGUAACGAUAACGAAAAUGUCUAUGCUUGGUCCGAGGAAAGAAAACAAGACACUAGAAAGUACAUCGAAGCUCAAUUCGACGCUUUUGAAAUGAGAGGCGGUUGGAUCAUUUGGUGUUACAAGACUGAAACUUCCGUCGAAUGGGGUGUCAACCAAUUGAUCGCUAACGGUCUAUUCCCUCAACCAUUGACUGACAGACAAUAUCCAGGUCAAUGUAACAACGCUUAA